AGCAGGCAAGCAGGCGGGGGGCGGUGUCACGGCCGGCAUGCCGCGCACGCGCACCGAAGUUGCCGGCUCCUCGCAGUUUGUGGCAAAGCCGGAGCCGGAGGAGCGGUCCUCAUGGUGCAGCGCCAGGGCGGCGAGGAGGAUGCCGCCGCCGGCGGAGGAGGAGAGCGGUGGGAGGCAGAAGACCCCCGUCCUCCCGGGGGCCACGACAGGAACGGCGAGGAUGGCGGGCUCUGCCAGGUGCACGACCUGGAAGCGGCAGCGGGCGCUGCCAGCCUCGGCGACGGCGGCUGCUUCCGAGGAAGUUUCCCUUGGAGACGCGGGACGCCCGGUGGGUGAGGGCAGGCGGGAGGGCACGCGGGGCGGGGAGAGAGGAGGGUGGCGAGCCGGCAGCAGGCAGGGCGAGGAGGCGCAACGCCGCGCGCCUUGCGCGCCUCUUCUCGGCCUCGGGCGGAGGCUCAGACCGGCGGGCGUCUCAGUGCCCUGGUGCGCCCUAGGGUGAGCCGGCGCUCCCUCGCCGCUUGGCCUCGUGGCAAGGCCGGCUGCAUCUUGCCUCUCUCCACGCGAGGUGCCCGCGAGCUGCGCCUUUUAGGCUCUGCCCGAAUCCUUGCCAACCCUGAAUACAUCCGCUUAAGGUAGUCACAACAGCAACAACAACAACAAUUCUUGUUCUCUCUGGGCCCUCCUCGGUUCUUUGAUCUGUGGUUCUGUUUAUAUAAAGCGCCAUGCACGUGCGGCUCUCUUUAAAAAAAGAAAGAAAAAAAAGUGCAUUUUUAGGGAUUCCGUUUCACCUUUGUUUUAAAACUUUUAAGAGUUAGGGUGCAUGGGCUUAACCUAGAAUUUCCCAGCGCCCUGUCAAGGCAGGUUAGUGCCUUUACCGAACACAUCAUGGUGGCAAGUUGAAAAGGUAAAGAGAAACCUUUCCCAUCGCUGGUCUCUAACACCUUUGCCCUCCUAAGAGCACUUAGCACAGCUUAUCUAUUCCUUAAUAAGCUUUACUUUUCUUCCAAUUUUUAAAAUCCUGUGCUUAUGUGUAAAAAUCGAUGUGUAUGAUAUCGAGUAAGGAAUUGGGGAAUUGCAUUUUGUGUUUUAAUGUAUUAUAUAUUUGGUGUUAGCUGCCCUGAGCCCAGUUCUGGCCGGGGAGGGAGGGGUAUAAAUACUAUUAUUAUUAUUAUUAUUAUUAUUAUUCCCCCACACUUUAAGAGAGAACUUCCCCUUCCCCGUGCAAGGACAAACUUGCUUUUCACCUUCCCAACCCCAUUUCUCCCUUCUCGCUGUACUUAGACUUCUCCUUCUUCCAUUCCUCAGCUGCCUCAUGUGAGAGAGAUAAAGGAUGCGGAACCCUCACAUAUUCCAUUGUAUGAAGGUACUUCAAUCAAACUUCUGCUGUUGUUUAAAACCACAAUUUCCCGCUUCCUUCCAUCCCUGCUUUACUUUGACUUCUGCCACUAUUUGAAAUCACCAAUUCCCCCCUCUCAGUAUCCCUCUCUUCUCUCUCCCAUGCCAUGGCCACUGCUGUUGUGCAACCUGCCUUCUCUUUAGCUCCCCUACUGCACCCUGACUUCAUGUAAAUCCAGGGUUGUGAUGGGGUACAACAAAUCCAUCAAAGUGGGGUGCGUGUGUAGAUAGCCUGACUUUUUAUGUAUAUAGGAAGGUGUGUAGCUUGUGUAUGAAAACACAAGGGUUGUUAUAUUUUGUAAAGGAAUAACUAAACUAUGCGUCUUUCUCUCUUGAUCUGAAGUACUGUAGUAUGAAAUAUAUUCUGCGACAAAGGACAUUUUGUUCUACAGCAUAAUUUGUACUUGCACACUCUCUUGCUAACGUACACAAUAAUUACAUCAACAUCUGUAACUACCAUGUUUAAUCAGGCUGGCAAUGGAAAAGCCAUCUAAUAUUGUUUAUUUUAAUCAUACAUUGAAAAGCUAUGUUAAUAUUUAAUUAUAAAAUCAUCUACCCCUUGGAGCCAUAAGGGAGGCACUCAGAACAUAACCAUUUUUGUUUUAAAGAGUGGUGAUUUGUCAACCUAGCAUUUUGUGAGCUGCUAGUAACAGUGCUUUCAGCAAGAGCAAUCAUAGUGUGUAGGAUUAAGCUUGCGGAGAAAUCUGCUAUGUAGAAGUUUUAUUCCAAGUUUAUAUGAGUUGGCGAGAUGUUACAAAGCAAAGGAUUGUCCAGAGAUGUAGAUAACACAUGAACUAUUUUGUUUUCCUCCUGUUGCCGCCACAACCACUUUUCCUAAUCAAGAGAGUCUUUAAUAUUAUUUUGCAUUUCUAGUGGUAAGUUCCUGUGAUAGUCAGAGACACUGGUCUCGCACACAGUGUUUUGAAGCGCCUGUCAAUAAUGUAAAGGAUUAGACAAAUUCAGGGAGGUAAAGGCUAUCAGUGACUAUAAGUCAGGAUGGCUAUACUCUUUUUUCCAUAGUUGGAGGCAAUGUUUUUGAAUACCAGUUGCUGGAAACUGCAGGAGAGGAGAGUGCUGUUGUGUUUAGGUCCCACUUACAGGUUUCCCAUAGGCAUCAGGUUGGCCACUGUGACAACAGGAUGCUGGACUAAAUGGGCCACUGGCCUGAUCCAGUAUGGGCUUUGCUACAUUCUGGAAGCUGUUGAGUAGGUUGUAGGAUAAUUCCAUUUUGGGGACCUACUUAUUUUGGAUGUUGUAAACCUUUGUCUGGAUUGUGCCACUUCAAACUGCAGGUGGAUGAGGAUUCGUGUGGUUGAAUGCUCCUCCAUAUAGAAUACCUAUUUAUUGUAAUUUCAGUUCUCCAUUUUAAUCCUUCUCUUGAGAGCGGAGCUAGCCAUAAAACAGCAUUAGGCAAAUGGAAUACUGAAAGAAUAACACUGUUUCUUAAAACUUUAUAUACCCAGCAGAGAAAUUGUGGGUGCCACUGUUUGCUGUGCUUUGGCACGGAACACCUUUUUGUCGCUGUUUGUCAGUGCUGAAUGGAAACCUACUGUGCUUUGAGAACAUAGGGGCAUGGGAAGCUGCUUUAUACAAAGUCAGACCAUUGAUCCAUCUAGCUCAGUAUUGUUGACACUGACUGGCAGCAUUUCCCCAGGGUUUCAGCAGGCAUAUUUCCCAGAUCUACCUAAAGGCACCUUUGCAUGCAAGAUAUGUGCUCUGCCAUUGAGUUGGGGCCAUUCCCCAAGAGAGCCAUUGUGUGACGAAGGAUAGUGCUUGAAGAAGAGAGGAAUGUUAUCUUAUUCCAUUCUUAAAGUUUACAUUGAAAGGACAGAUGCUUCUAAAACCUAUAAUAUUUUUCUUUCUUUUUAAUUGCAGUAAGAAGGUCAUUCGUUUCUACAGUGUUUGCUUUGCUAGUCUGGAAUACCAGCCCAGCUUUUUUAAAAAAAAAGAGAGAGAGAGAGAGAAAGGAAGUACAAUUGACUAUGAUACCUUCCCUUUAUAAUAUGAAAGUUUGGUGUUUUGUUAAUAAUGCAGAGGUUCGCUUUUCCAGCAUCCCUAAAGAUCCUUUUAUACAGCAACAACUUCAGAGAAUUAGUGUCAUAUACGAUGUCUGUGCAGAACUCUGACACUUUUAUCUUUUAGGCAAUCAAAGUAGACUACUACACCGAAACUUGAUAUUUUGUUCUUAUUCUUCACUCUGUAGAUCAGCAUGGCUUUUUUUCCUUCUUCAGCUUCAGUCCAUUCUGAGUCUCCUUAUUUUAAUCCAGUAUUUCAGACAAAAAUUUCCAUUAAUGUGGGUCUGUAUUGGACAAGAAGAGCAAAUUGGGGCAAUAAUGUAAUUAAGGGAUCAAAUCUAUAUGGGUCUGUAUUGGCUAAUGUUGUGAAGCUCUGCCAACAGCUACACUGUAGGUUCAGAGAGAGAAUGGCACGUUUGUUCUUCUAAUAACACUUUAGAUUAAAACCCAUUAUGAUUAAACAGAUGUGUGUGCUUUACCUCAAGCAGUAAUAUGCCUUGAGAUUUAGCAUCCUUUGAAAUCUAUUCUUUUCUGUUCCAAUAUGUCACAGAGGCCCCUGCUCUGGAGCUUUUCUGAAAGAGAGUGGGCAGCCCUGUUUAGUUCAUUGUUUGCUUAUAUACCUGCCAUAGAUGAUAUUUUGAAACCAACCCCCCUCCCUAAAUGUGUUCUUCAGAUUUUGCCUCUUCCUGUACAGGUGUCUCCCCACUUGUGCACAGUCAGCACACGCACCAUUUGCAGUGCCGAAAGAGGGUUGGGUAGGGGCAGAACGGGGGAAUCCUCGCUUAUACAUAUCCCAGUGAUCCAUGCGGCGGCCAGGAACAGAACCCUCACAUAACUGGGGAUUCUCCUGUAUUAAGGCUGCAGUCUUAUUACACACUUGCAUGGGAGUAAGGGCCAUUCAGCUCAGUGGGAUUUAGAUCUGAAUAGACAUGCAUAAGAUUAUGCACAAAUUAGAAGCCCAGGUGUUCUUUCUUACUCACUACUGCCCAGGUGCUUCAAGUACUGGUCUGAUAGAAAGCCAGUAAAAUGCUGUGAAAGCAUACAUGUAGAUGUAACUUUCAUUUCAUUUCAUUUAUUGGUUGCCUUUCCACCACAACAGUAUGUGGUCACAUUAAAUCGCCAUAUUAAGAACUUCUGGGGAUUUUGAAGACAAAUGUGUUGUGAAGAACCUAUACGUUGUGCCAAGUUUGCCCGUGGCAGUCUGGAAUUUUGGAGUAGACUGAAAACAAAGGGAAAGUUCUGAACAUGAGCUAGAACUGGCGUUUAGGAAUAUAUGGAGGUGAAGGAGGACAUCUCCACAGAUAAACAGGAAGAAAAAGGGCUAGAAAAUGAAAGGGGUUUUCGAGAUAAUUAGGAAAAUAGGAAGAGAAUCUGAGAUAGGGAAAUUGCGAGAGGAGAUGGUGGAUUUCGCAAGAUGAGAAUAUGCUAUGUCAUAGGAUGAACCCCAAGCUAUCUGUAUUGAUUUCAGUUGAUUUUUUAAAAUAGCUUGGUUGGAUCCUUUUUACAUCCUGUUGCUACAUGAUCCAUUGUUGUAAUCUUCCAUCCUUAUGCGCUUAUCCUUCCAUCCUUAUGCGCAAUGGGUCUGUUAUGGCAUAACUCUUCCUAUAUUCUUACAUACUAAAGCAGUCUUCACCUACCUGGUGCCCUUGAGAUGCUUUGGACUACAACUCCCAUCAGCCGCAGUCAGUUGUGUUGAUGGGAGUUGUAGUCCAAAACAUCUGGAGGACACUAGGUUGGUGAAGGCUGUACUAAAGCAUAUUUAAAAUUCCAGUUUACUCAGAAGUGAUGCUAAAGCUUUCUGGAGACUUGGCCACAACAGACCCAUUGUGCAUAAGGAUGGAAGGAUUGUUGGUUUCAGUUCUCUCAGUUCUCCACAUUUCUAUAGCAAUUUGUGAAAAUUCUUUUUUAAAAUCCUCUUGAAAAUUCUUCAGCAUUUUAGUGUGAAUUUUUCCUGACACAUUUUUAUGUGCAGUUUUGACUAGUGAGCACAUUUUUGCAAUCAAUUUCUCCUAAUGUAAUGAAUUUUUGCAUGAUAUUUUCACUAAUAUAUUUAUUUGUAUGCACACUUUCCCCCCUAAUAUAUGCAUAAGCGUUCUUUGGUUGGAGAACUACACAGCAAAUUCUGGAUGAGCGUGAAUUUUGGAGGAUGCCAAUGUUUUGAUUCUUUCAUUGUUUUAGGAAGUGCGAAUUUGAUACAAUUUGCCUUUAGAUGCAAAUUGAACCAAAUUUCUCCCCUUUUGCUCCACGGAAUGCCUCCAGAUAAUUCCAUAAGUAGAUUUCUAUUUUAGGGCAAAACGAGGAAAGUGUUGUGUUAAGUGGGAAACUUAACCAGCUGACUUUUAGAUUUGGAUCGACUAAGAGUAGAAGUGCUCAGAUUUUAUUUCCAGGAAUUGAUUUUAUCGAGAAGAGAGUUGUUUGCACCUUCAUGCAGGCAGGCUGGUAAAAGGACCCUGUCGACUUAACCAUGGUAAAAUCCAUGUCCAACUCCUCAUACUAAAUAAAAAAAUACUUUCCAGUAGCACCUUAGAGACCAACUAAGUUUGUUAUUGGUAUGAGCAGGCUUCCUCAAACUCGGCCUUCCAGAUGUUUUUGGCCUACAAUUCCCAUGAUCCUAAGCUAGCAGGACCAGUGUUCAGGGACGAUGGGAAUUGUUGUCUCAAAACAUCUGGAGGGCCGAGGAAGCCUGGGUAUGAGCUUUUAGAUGGUCUCUAAGGUGCUACUGCAAAGAAUUUUUUUAUUUUGUUUCGACUACGGCAGACCAACAUGGCUACCUACCUGUAACUACUCCUCAUACCAAGUACACUCUCACAUUAAGCCUAACCUCAGUGUGUCCAGCGCUUGGAGAUUUCAGCCCUUUCAAAACAGAGAGACAGCUGCUGCUCAAAAGUUGACUUUAGCAGUUGAAAUCCUGGGACCAAGGCAGCCAAAGCAUGUCUCUGUAUAUUCUGUCACCUUGGAUUCACAGCAGCUGAAUGUUAGAAAACAUUGAUUCUCAGCUUCCAGGUUGCUUAUCAGCUUCCAGGUUGUGAUUCCAAGUUGCUUAGCAACCGACAGAAAUGCCCUGCCAAACCACUGCUUUCUUCUGAAGAUGACUCUGUUGCCUCUCUAAUCUUCUUAGAUGGUAUCCCUACACAGCUAACAGUUCCAGGAUUCAAGGUUCUUACACACACACACACACACACACACACACACACCCACCAGCAUUAUAUUUGUUUUGGGUGUAAAUAUGUUGUGGGAAAGAAACUCCGAUGGCAUUCUACCACCUCUACCCAGAGUUAUGUUCAUAUUAUUGGGAUACUGGAGUUAAGAUAUUUGCACAACAGGAUAACUUCUUUUAAGUAGCCAGCUCAUUGUAAAAUAAUAGGGUAUCACACUGUAUAUAUAAUGAAACAAGUAGAAAUAACCAUAUUUAGUGGGUGUAAGUUAUAUCUUUAUUCAUUACAGUUAAAUAAGAAAACUAAUAUUUUACAUUUGCUUUAAAAACUCAAGAUUUUUCCUAAUACAAAUAAGAUGUAAAGUUGGUUUCUUAAGUAUUACCCAACAAUGCUUGGGAAAACACUGGGAUAGAUGCUUGAGCCUGCGGUAAUUUUCGUUCAUAUAGCCUCGGGAAUGCAGGUUAAUAUUUCUUGAUGCCAAAAUUUAUCAGAAUGGUUGGUUGGUCUAUGUAAUGAAUGUGGCAAAUGGACCUAUUUUGCAAACAUGGUGCAUGGAUUUAUACAUCCCACUCUGAGACUACUUUUUUUAAAAAAAAAGAGUUGAAAAAAUGCAACAUGCAGAUAAACAUAGACAUUUUUGUAAGAGUAAAAUUACAGUCUAUACCAUCAUGUCAAAAAUUGCUGUUAACUAUUUUUUUUAAAAAAAGCCAACCGUAUACCUUCAAUUGCACUAAAUGUAUUUCUUUUGUUUCUUUCCCUCCUCAAAGUAGACUUUUUUUUUUAAAGAACCGUUUCAAAUUCAGUUGAAGAAAUUACAGCUAAAUUGUUAAUUGCUAACUGGAAACGGUUUUGUUCCAGGAAUAAAGGGGAAAAGGACCUGUCCAGGGCUUGGCCUGUUCUAUACGCUGCUGUCUGCCUUUCUCUUCUCUGUGGCAUCUUUAUUCCUCAAGAAAAUUGAAGGUGUGCACUCAGUGGAAGUCAGUGCCAUUAGAUGUGUUUUCCAAAUGACAUUUGUCCUUCCUGGUUUAAUAUACUACAGGUGAGUAUUAUGCCUCCUUUGUAUGAGGCAAGGCUAAGAAAAAAUGCACUUUGGAUUAUUUAUUAUUAUUAUUAUUAUUAUUGCCAUUUAUUUAUACAGUCAAACCACGGAAGUCGAACGUAAUCUGUUCUGGAAGUCUGUUUGACUUCUGAAACGUUCGGAACCCAAAGCACAGCUUCUGAUUGGCUCCUGCAGCCAAUCAGAAGCCACAAAAGCCCCUUCCGCCGUUCGGCUUCCAAAAGAAUGUUCGAAAACUGGAACACUCCCGGUUUUCAGUUUGUUCAGGAGCCGGAACAUUUGACUUCCAAGGUGUUCGGGAGCUGAGGUACAACUGUAUACCGCUUUUUGGACCAAGUGUACAGUAAGAAUUCAACAAAAUGCCAUAAAUCAGCAAGGGAAACAAAAUAAGGAGGGGCAGAGAAAGGCCUUCCCUGGGCGGAAGACUAAGGAGCUCACCAACCUUUUCUCCCACACUCUGUGAGGCUAGAGGCCUGAAGAGAUUAUGAGAAAUGCUUAUGCAAACAAAAAUAACUAAGGCUGCUCUCACCACCACCCCCCAUUCUAAUUAUUCAGGGAUUCAAGGCAAGCAGGUAGGUCUUCAAUCUGUGGGUUGCAAUGCUGCUUCUGCCAUUUUGGACUCCAGCUAUGGCUGACCAAACCAAAAGAGCACUGCAUGCAGUGUUUGGGCUAGAACACAUCAUUAUGAUGGGACACUCAUUUUAUCAAUUUCAAUGAGUGCUGCCAAGUGGCAGGAGAAAGGCAAGAGAAAGAUAUUUCUAGCCAAAUGUAUGCCCCGCCUUCCUGUAGCUAUGCCCUGUUCCGAUCUAUUCCUGUGGCUUUCUAGACCUUGCACAAUCGAUGUUUACUGGGGACCAGAAUGCAGAAGUGUCUGUUGCAGUGAUUACAAUGCAGAAGUGUCUUCAGUUCUCCAGAACAGAAACCGCAGUGAUUCCCUCAAAUACCCUAAAAUCUAGCCUACAACACACAAACGUAGAGCUCAGCACAGCAGUCUUCGCUUUUAUAGUUCACCAGAAAACAAGCUAAUAAGCAGAUUUUAAGGGCGUGAGGGUGUACAGUGAAUACAGUUGUCAUCCACUGUAGAGUCACUGGAAUAUCUAUUAUCAUGAUAUCUGGAAAAACAAACAUGCCCAGGUGCUUCACUGAAAUUGUGAGUCUUUAAAAAAAACAACCCACUGGUUUUCAAUAGCUUCUCAGCCUUUUGGCUCAGAACAAGUGUAAAAAUCACUGGUUUUCAUAUAGUUAUAAUGCUAAGGUAGCACUAUGUAUAUUGCUCUUUGAAUUGCCAUUUUUAGGAUUAAUAAUGUGCCUUUUUAGCACUAUUAGUAUAAGUCAAAAGUGAAUACUGUAUGUGAAAGUGGGUCCCAUGGUACAGGUUAGAAGUCAGAGGUGAGUCUUGGGUCUGGACUAGUUGAAGACCAUGGAAACUGCCAAAAACAUUCUAAAAAGUAUAAUAAAAAUAGGAAUACUUAGAAUACUGAUAGUUGCUCCAAAAAUGAAAAGCCCAACACGCUGCCCCAUGCAACUACAAGCUUAAAAUUCAUAGUCUUCCUGCCACCCAACAAAAUGACCCAAAGGAGCCUUUGAUAACAACCUUCCCUGAUGUCUGCUGGUGCCCUUUCACAUGCUGGCUGGCUGGUCUCCAUGUGUCCUGGAAAUAAAAAGUUGUUCCUCAAGUCUUAUAGGGUUUUUAUGAAAACCUACGAGAUGGCAGUGAAGGCCGCUAAGAAGUCUUACUUCUCGGCCUCCAUUGCAUCCGCUAGCUCUCGCCCGGUGCAAUUAUUUAGUAUAAUUAGGUUUUUAAUGUCCCUCGAGGGACAGCCAAAUUUAAAUAACAAUUCGACACACAGCUGUGAGGCAUUUGCGAGCUUUUUGCGCAGAAGGUCCUGUUGCUCCACCAUGACCUCCCUGCCAGUUUGGAUACAAUAAAGGAACUGGAGGCCCCUCGACUGUCUUCGGGUCCAGUAUUGGACCACUUUGACCGGAUAUCCCCAGCCGAUGUGGACAGACUCCUCCGAGCUGGAAAGCCCACCACCUGUCCUCUCGACCCGUGCCCGUCUUGGCUGAUUAGAGCGUGUCCAGAUGAGGUGCGGGCCCCCCUGGGGGAUAUCAUCAAUUUGUCCCUUGGCAUCAGGACAUUCCCAGGGGAACUGAAGGAGGCAGUGGUGCGCCCACUCUUAAAGAAAACAUCAUUAGAUCCCUUAGAUCUAUCCAAUUACCGCCCGGUUUCGAAUCUUCCAUUCCUGGGUAAGGUGAUUGAGAGAGCGGUUGCUGAACAGCUUGGUGGGUUUCUGGAUGAAACAUAGGCUCUGGAUCCAUUUCCAGUCCGGCUUCCGUGCUGGUCAUGGGACCGAGACGGCUCUGGUUGCCCUAACAGAUGAUCUCCGCAGGCAGCUGGAUCGAGGCGGGUCGGGGCUGCUGAUUCUUCUAGAUCUGUCAGCAGCCUUCGACAUGGUCGAUCACGAACUCCUUGCCGACGUGGGGAUCCAGGGCACAGUCCUUCAAUGGCUGCGCUCGUUUCUCUCUGGUCGGGGACAGAGGGUGGCGCUUGGGGGGGAAUUGUCAUUGCACCACUCCUUGGUGUGUGGAGUGCCUCAGGGUGCAAUACUCUCCCCGAUGCUUUUUAACAUCUUUAUGCGCCCCCUCGCCCAGCUUGUCUGGAGUUUUGGGCUGGGCUGCCAUCAGUAUGCUGAUGACACCCAGCUCUAUCUGUUGAUGGAUGGCCAUCCUGACUCGGCCCCAGACACACUGAUCAGAUGUUUGGAAGCUGUGGCUGGAUGGGUACGUGGGAGCCGGUUGAAGUUAAAUCCUUCGAAGACAGAGGUCCUCUGGCUGGGAUGGGACGAUAUGGGAUUGAGGGGACAACUCCCAUCUCUUGCGGGGGCGCAAUUAGUGCCAUCACCGUCCGUUAACAGUUUGGGUGUAAUCUUCGAUACCUCCCUCUCCAUGGAGGCGGAGAUUACAGCUAUAACAAAGGCGGCAUUUUUUCAUCUUCGCCAAGCUAAGCAGUUGGCUCCUUACCUCUCUCGCCCUGACCUAGCCACUGUUAUCCACGCGACGGUCACCUCCAGACUGGAUUAUUGUAACUCGCUCUACGUGGGGCUGCCCUUGAGACUGACCCAGAAACUCCAGCGGGUGCAGAAUGCCGCGGCGAGACUCCUUACUGGGUCCUCGCUGCGAGAUCACAUUCAUCCAGUGCUAUACCAGCUGCACUGGCUCCCGGUGGAGUACAGGAUCAGGUUUAAGGUGCUGGUUUUAACCUUCAAAGCCCUAUACGGCCUAGGACCCUCGUACCUAUGGGACCGCCUCUCCUGGUAUGUCCCACAGAGGAACUUACGGUCUUCAAAUAAAAACAUCUUGAAGGUCCCAGGCCACAGAGAGGUUAGGCUGGCCUCAACUAGAGCCAGGGCUUUUUCGGCUGCGGCUCCAAUCUGGUGGAACGCUCUGUCACAAGAGACUAGGGCCCUGCAGGACUUGACAUCUUUCCACAGGGCCUGCAAGACAGAGCUGUUCCACCAGGCCUUUGGUUAGGGCGCAGCCUGACUCCCUCCUUUGGCAAUCUUUACAGAACUUUAGUUUAUGGUUGCCAUCAACUUUGAUUUUAAUUAUUUUUUAUAAUGUUUUUAGAAUGUUGCACUAUUUUAGUGUUGUUAGCCGCCCUGAGCCUGGCUUCGGCUGGGGAGGGCGGGAUAUAAAUAAAAUUUAUUAUUAUUUAUUAUUAUUAUUAAGUCACCCAGCUGCUGCAUCUCAGGCUGCAAGCUACAAACCAAGAGCAGAAUGCCAAAGAGCCUUUAUAACCAUUUGAUCAAAAUGCAUCAAAGUUGGGGGCACUAUUGGAACAUGAAAGAGUCCUAGUAGUGUCAGCUUUGGAAAAAUCACAAUGUUAUUUAACAUUCUGUGAUCUGAAAUUCACUGCAAAGUCCUGUUGAUGCAUGAAUAUGGAAACCUUAAGCCAUGAGUUAAAUUAUACACACCUCUCUUUCUUUCAUUUUAGAACAGGAUUUCUGGGACCAGAAGGCAAACGACUCGUUCUUUUCUUUCGAGGAUUGCUUGGCUCUGGUGCAAUGAUUCUUCUCUAUUAUGCUUUCCAAGUGAUGCCUCUUGCUGAUGCUACAGUCAUUACUUUCAGUAGUCCCGUUUUUACGUCACUAUUGGCCUGGAUAUUUCUCAAGGAGAAGUAUAGUCCUUGGGAUAUUCUUUUCACUCUGUUUACAAUCACCGGAGUGGUGCUUAUUGCAAGACCACCUUUUUUAUUUGGAUCCAGAGUUGCUGGAAUAGAAGAAGAGUACAGAGAUCGCCUGAAAGGAACAAUAGCAGCUGUUUCAAGUGCCGUAGCUGCCGCGUCAACUUUUGUUAUACUAAGGAAGGUGGGGAAAUCGGUGCAUUAUUUUUUGUCCAUUUGGUAUUAUGCAGUAAUUGGGUUAAUAGUUUGCCUAAUAGCACUUUUUGUAAUGGGUGAGUGGAGUUUACCCAACUGUGGCAUAGAUAGAUUUCUCUUGGUAUUAAUUGGAGUAUUGGGUCUAGGUGGCCAAAUAUUCCUUACAAAAGCACUACAGAUAGAGAAAGCUGGUCCUGUUGCUAUAAUGAAAACAAUGGAUGUGGUGUUUGCUUUUAUCUUCCAAAUUCUUUUCCUCAAUCAUUUGCCUACAUGGUGGACAGUCGGAGGCGCCCUUUGCGUAGUAGCUAGCAGUUCCGGAGCUGUCAUUCGGAAGUGGCAUCAAAACUCGAAAAAAAGUACAGGAAAUGAAAUUUGACAGGUGGGGGUGUUAUUUCACUGCUGAAAGAGAGCAAAGCACUUGAGUAUUUAUUUUAAAUAAUUCCCCAUCACCUUUCCUUUUCGUGGAGAUGGUGCUCCCAUGUGCCAACUCUGGCACCAGCCCCUUCUCUCUGGCAAAGAGCGAGACUUCCGCCUGCACAGGUAGGGCUGAAGUGGUGUGCCCAGUUCAUGUUUCAAUCUGGUAAUGUUUCCGUUUUGUUAUGUUAUUUCUACUAGUUGUUGCUUUGGCAUAGUUAUUUUUCUAUAUUUUGGUGAAGCAGAUCUUAAAAAUGUAUUUAUAGCAAUAUAUAUCUUUUAUAUUAUUACAUUGUGCCUGAGUAGACGGAGCAAAGGCCAUAUUGGCUGCUACUAUUCAAGGAAAAGAAAAGACAAUGGGCAAGACAAUGGCACCCAUGCUCAGUACUAUGCAAAAUGUUUUGAAUGUCUGUCUGUUUAACUAUGCAAUUAAAGUAGCACCUACUUGUCAGUUUUGAUAGAAUUUUGGAUUUAAGGAUCGUGGACAUUUUAAGCCCCUAUGUACUAAGAGUGGGAUGCACCAGAAGCUACUGCAUUCCAGAGACCCACAAUAAGCUGGUACGCUGAUGAUGCAUCAACACUGCCCCGUGCCAUUGCAAAUUAUGCUAGUAUACAUUCUCAGGAUUGAUGUGUCUAUCAACUUAAAUCCAAGCAUUUUGGCAUAAGUGGUUUUUGCCUAUCAUAAUAAUUCUGGAACAGUGUUUGCCUUUGUCCACAUACUGUAGCAACACAAAACAACAAGCGGCUUGAUCUAUUUCCUGGAUUUGUGGGCUUGUCAUAGACAUCCCAUUCACUAUAGUGGAGAAGUCAGGGGCAGCAGGUCUUUGCAUAGAGAUCUUUCUUGGUACAGUCAUACCUUGGUGGACGAACGUCUUGCAACUCGAACUUUUUGGCUCCCAAACGCCACAAACCCGGAAGUGAGUGUUCUGGUUUGUGAACGUCUUUUGGAACCCAAAUGUCCGAUGUGGCUUCCGCCGCUUCCAAUUGGCUGCAGGAAGUUUCUGAAGCCAAUUGGAAGCCACGCCUUGGUUUCUGAACAUUUGGGAAGUCGAAUGGACUUCCAGAACGGAUUCCGUUUGACUUCCGAGGUAACACUGUAUUGGUGCAAAAACAGAAAGCCAAGCCUUGCUCAGACAUGAAAUGACAUUGUAUUGCAGUUGUUGCGAUGGAUGUGUACAACAUAACAUGAAAAUGUCUGAAAUGUAUGUAUAAUCAUAAAAUGUUCACAUGAACUAGAAUCUGGAUGAAUCAGGGUUUUACAACCAACAAGACUUGUUCUGCAGGUGUUGCCUGCACUCACAUUUGACUGUGUUAGAGUUGCAUUUAUGAGAGCAGCAUGUCUGUGUGUAAUACGGUCAGCUAAACCACAGAGAUGGUAUCAGUGUGAUCAGUGUUUUGUAUCUUUCUUUCUCCUCACUGCUUGUUCAUUGCUAACAUUUCCUGUUUGGUGUAACCCAAGCCAAGUUCCCAUCCAUAGUUACAUUGGUGUCUUCAUCACCAGAUAUAAAAAUAGAACAAUGUUCAGGAGAUUCCAAAUCUCAUCCCUCAGAGCCGGUUUUUCUUUAAAACACAAAUGGUGUUGUUUUCAUGUAGUUUACCCCUAAACCUGGAUGCUACCCCAUUUCUAUUUUCAUUUAGAGUUCUGUUAUAGAAAAGUCAAGGUGGAAACAUCAGUAAAACCAAGUACAAUAUGCAACAGAUUAGGCUAGCAUUUCUCUGUAUGCACCUUAUUUUCAGCUAGCUAAUGUGAAAAGCAUAUCAUGAAGCAUUCAUUGAAACAUAAAUCCAGUCACCCCAGAACUUCCUGGUUCAUUGAACUUUAGUAAGUGGAAUGUAUUUUAGUAAGAGCACCAGAUGUCACUUUGAUUGCGCACAUAAUUGUGAUAAAUAAAAUUCCUAAUGCAUAUUCAGUAUUCAGAAUAAAAACAUGUCAUACAUGUCAGUACUCUCUGAAUAUACAGUUGUUCCUUGGUUUUGGAACAGCUUAGUUCCCGAACGUUUUGGCUCCCAAACACUGCAAACCCAGCAGUGACUGUUCCGGUUUGCAAACUAUUUUUGGAAGCCAAACAUUCGACGGGGCUUCCGAUUGGCUGCUGGAGUUUCCUGCAGCCAAUCAGAAGCCGUGCUUUGGUUUCCGAACAUUUUGGUAGUUGAACAGACUUCCGAAAUGGAUUCCGUUUGACUUCCAAAGUACGACUGUACAGUAAGAAUAUUGCACAAAGUUGUUGUUAGUCUAUUAAAAAAACAGCUUAGUCACUUGCACUGCACGGCUUCCUCACUUGCAACUGCGGGGAAGUCUGACCAAUGAGCCUGGAAAUAUUUCCAAUAUGAGAAACCGCUUCUUUCCAAAGACACAGUCACUGUGAGCCUAGCUAGGUUUUAAAAUGAUAUGACUUCUUCCCUCCGAAAAGGAGCUGUUCUUGCUUAUUUUCCCCUAGAGCUCUUUCUCCUUCUUGAGAGGGUAGAAAAAGAGAAGGGAAAGGUCUCUCCAGCCUUCAUUGCCUGUUGUGGGAGGAGGAUACUUUGGAAUGCUAAAUAAAUACUCAGCUUCUCCCAUGAGCAGCUGUUCUAUGUAGCCAGACUUCUAAAACAAGUUUUGCUCCAAAAACUCAGGUGUCUCCUUUGAUGCAGCAUGGUGGGCUGUGGUCGGCGCACGGAAAAGGCAUGUGCUUAGAAAAAUACUCACAUGAAUCUAACCAAGUUCUCAAAAUCGCUUUCCCCCCAUCCCAACUGUCUUUUUGAGCCAUGACCUCCUAAGUAGUGUUAAAUGCUUCCCAAGUCCCUGAACAAGAAGUAUAGGGCUAGCAUUGCAGAUGGAAGUCACACAGAGUUCAAGGAGGCUUACUCUGGUAAGCAAAGUGCUACAUCUAUCAGAGCAAGCCAAAGUGGGGCCAGGAAGGAGCAAGUUCACUGCCAUAUCUGAAUCCUGCUUCUCAAUCCAGCCAGGGGAGAAGGUCAAGGGUAUUUUACCCACCAACUCAACCACCCCAUUUUUUCAUUUUUAUGUUUCUUCUUCUUGAGGAUUGGGGUCCUUGAGGCAUAGGGAGUCAGGAAACUGCCUUGACAUCAGUUCAGACAUGUUAUCCAUCUAGUUACCAAUGCUGUUUUCUGUCUUGGUUAACUGUGUGUGCCUAUACAUGUCCACAUGGAAACAAGCCUUACUGGACUUACUUCCAAGUAAGUGUGCAUAGGAUUGCAGCCUUAAUAUUACCUGGAGAUGGAGGGAAGAGACAUGGGCACAUGGCAGCCUCAUACUCCUCAUAGCAUGAAUAUGCUAUUCCUGUUCCAGGUGAUCAGGAAAUCCAUGGGGCAGGAUAGACAUGAUUUAUUUUCAUGUAAAAAAGAAAAGAAAAAAAAAUGUCCAUGUUGUCCUCUUUAAGCAAUACGGGUAACUUGAAUCCAUCUCACUGUUUUUGUUUAAUCCCAAUUAUGGCUGAAAUUGAUUCAGUUUAAGCCGCCCCCCCCCAAAAAAAAGUUCUGUAAACCAGUUCAGCACACCUCUGGAAUUGUUUCAGUUCAUGGGAUAUACAGAAAAUUCGUUUAUUGUAGCUUAAGUAUCAGCCAUUAUCUGUAAGUCUUAUGAAGUGGCACUUCCCUAAAGUAUGCGUACAGUAGAAAUAGAACACUUCAUACAAGAGUGUAAUGUUUAAUUUGCACACUUUUAUACUAUUACUAGACUUUUAUACUAUUGAACAUCCUAAUCUUUUAAGAGGACAAAUCUCAGGACAAGCCCAAGAUGUGUAAAAAUCUUCCUAAUACAGAUUUCACAUGCUCAUGAUUCCUUUUGGCCUGAUAGUGUUGACCUGUGAGUGUUAUCACGCUAAAAAUGAAUGGAUGGAUCCCUUAUCUCGAACCUCUAUGCUUAAUUUAGAUUCCUGUUCAGGUUUAAUAGAUCCCUUCAGAUAAGGUUUGGGUUCUGUUCUGUUCUGUUUCAAAGGGUUGGUCUGGUUUUUGCUUCAUAUUUGUUUUGAUUUCAUGAACCCAGCAUUUCAUCCUAUUUAUGUGAUUUGAAAGUGUCCUUGCUAACUGAAUAACCCAAUUAUAUGCAUGCUUAUUUAGAAGCAAGACCUUCAAGACUUGGCAAUUAGUGGGACUUAAUUGCCAAGUAAGUGCACAUAGGUAAGUAAGUCAAGUAAGUCAAACCUCAGUUCCUGAACGGCUCCGUUUUUGAACGAUUCGGCUCCCGAACACCAAAAUGUUCCAGUUUUUGAACAUAUUUUGGAAGCCGAACGUCUGACACAGCUUCUGCUGAGUGCAGGAAGCUCUUGCGACCAAUUGGAAGCCGCGAUUCGGUUGUCGAAAGUUUUGGAAGCCGAACGGGCUUCUGGAACAGAUUACGUUCAACAACCGAGGUUUGACUAUAUUUAGACAAAUGGCACUUUUAAGUUGAUUUAUUUAGAAUCAGGGUGCAGAUUUAUCUCUGGUACUGCAUUAUUAGAUACCCUUUGGCUUUUAAUUAUAUUUUCAUGAUUCUCAUAAAAGUAAGUCAUAAAAGGGAACCAAAUAACCCACAGGAAGAAUAGUACAGUGAAUAGAUAAAACUGCUAUCUUAUCUAUAUGCUUUUCUUAAUCCUGGUCUGUGACCGUAAUAAAGUUCAUUCAGUGAGACUUCAACAUACGCAGGGAUUACUUUUCACAAUUGCGCCCAAAGCCAAAAUAGUGUAUAGUCAAAACACAUUGGGUUCAAUGGCAGGUGGGAUUUUCACCCCCCUUAAAAAAUAUUUAUUGCCAACCCUAUAGAGCAAAAUGUGCACGUAAGUUGUGGGCUUACUGUACUUACUGCAAAGCAACAAGGACACAAGGUCAGCAGUAGAAGUAAGAAAAGCUGCAGAAGUAUAAGAAUAGGAUUAUAUUGGAGCAAUUGUGAAAUUCUAAAAGGAUAAAAUAACUACCCAGAACAACUCAUGAGGUUUAGUAUCAUGCUAAUAAGUUGACUGUUUCGUGGCAUAAGCCUGGGGUCAUCAAUGUGCUGCCCUGGGCUGGCACAAGUGUGCCCAGCUACCUCCUAUGGCACCUACAGCAGGUCCUUCAAAAAUCUGCAGUGCAUAAGAAACUGUUUGUUGUUCCUAUUUAUACUGCUUUGGCCUCUCCUACAUUGAACAUGUCCUCUUACAAACAGGUCCGUAUUCACUGGAUGCCAUCUUUGGGCAUUCACAUUCCUUUCUGUUCUGAACAGAGGAGAGGUGCAAAGAGCUCUUGGAGUGAACGCCACAGUGGCUGACCUAGGUGCUUCCUUUCCAUUGAUGGGCAGGACCACACCAUUCUGUGGUCUUGUCUCAUUUCCUGCCCUUUUUGAUGUGGAAGGCAUUUUGUGUUACGUCACAUCCCCAUGGCAGCCAUUUUGUGGCUGGUGCCCCCAUAGUACUUGCUCUAAAUUCCAAAGGUGUCCACUGGCCCUCAAAGGUUGGUGACCCCUUUCACAAAGCUAUGAAGGGAUACCAGUUCUCAGUUCAAUUGUCAGAAUGUGUUUGCCCCACGGAGGUGUGCAUUUCUUUAGUGAUCUGGUCUGUUGAGGCUGCAGUAUUGUACACACUAGCCAGGGAGUAAUGAAUAGGAUUCCUCUGUAAAGCUCCCUUCCCAUUGGUUAAAUGGCAUAUGGUUAUUAUUCCAUUGCAAACAUGUUUCCAAUAUUUCUCUAGGGUGAGUGGGGAACCUGUGACUCUAGAUGUUGGUGGAGUGCAACUCCCAUCAUUCCUGGGCAUUGGUUGUGCUUGUUGGGUCUAAUGGGAGGUGAAGUCCAGUAACAUCUGGGGAGUGAGUGGGGACAACUUCCCCAGUGUUGCUGUGGGAAAUGAAAUCUAGCUAAUCUUAAAUUACCUAAUCCAGGCAUAGGCAACCUUCGGCCCUCCAGAUAUUUUGGCCUACAACUCCCAUGAUCCCUAGCUAACAUGACCAGUGGUCAGGGAUGAUGCGAAUUGUAGUCUAAAACAUCUGGAGGGCCAAAGGUUGCCUAUGUCUGACCUAAUUCAAAACUGGCAUUACUUAGAAAAGAUCUAUUUAGGAUGGUGCUAAGCUCCUGAGAAAUUAGUUUUUAAAUUAUGUUUUCUUUUUCUUUCUUUUUUCAAGCCACCCUGGGAUUAAUUGAGGGGCGGCAUUAAAAUACUUCAAACUAAAUAAAAAAUAGUUCAGGGUAGCUUUCAACUGUCUGAUAUGUGCACUCCAUAUGUAGCACUGUGUUAGUCUUGUAGAAGUCUCUCCAGCCUUUUUAAGUGAUAAUUUUUAAUCCUAUGUAGCUUUCAUUAAUGCAUACAAAUGCCAAUGGAUUAUCUUUAACCUAUUAUACUUUGCAAAGGGGGAAGUAGAUUUGAAUUGUACUAUUCCUGUGUCUCUUUCCAGUUUUCCUCCGCAAUUACCAAGGUGUUAUGGGUUAGUCACAGUAUAGUGACCUGUGGUGUCUUGUCCAAAGAGAACAUAUCAGAAUGAGCAGCACAGUAGAUUGUUUAUGGUCUGUUCAACAUAAGAUAGACCUAAUAAUACAAAUAUACACAGAAAAGAUGGUGUAUCUUUUUUGUCUUUUGGAGGUUCUGCUUGAUGUACCUAAUACCAAUAUGUUGCUAUAUUGCCAGUAGACAGUCGUCAUGAUAAAGCAGCAACUCUUGAAUCUGGUUCUUUAAAAAGUGUCUCUGACGUUAAGGAACCACCAGUGUAAAAAUGCUUUUGAAUGCCGUAUAUUCGAUCUUUAUUUUUGCAAAAUAUCAGGGAGCUAAGCUGGAUGGCCCUUGCACUACUUUCAUUGACUUUAUUGCACCUUGUUAAGCUGUUUUUGUAGCUGCUGCUGUUUUGUAGUAGAUGCUUAUUUUUUUAUAGGCAACUUUUUAAUUUCCUGGAUUUUGAAAUGUAAAGUAUAUUUUAAUAAGUUUAUAUGAUUUCAUAAAUUCUAAUAAAUACAAUGAAAAAUA